AAAAAUACUGUAUAAAAUCGUACACAUUUUAAACUGAUAAUUUUAAAUAGGUGGAACUAAACUAAUGUUUAAGGCUGCACACAUGGAAAAUGAAACUGUAAAGACAAGGAAGAAAGUGAUUGCCAUAGAAGACACAAUAGUGACUUACUGAAGGAGGAUGCAGUUGUACUAGAGAAGAAGAGGGCUCCCAGGAGGCUGAUGAGAUAGUAUUGCCAUAUGAAGUUGAACAUGGCAGAAGAAGAGGACUAUAUGUCUGAUUCCUUCAUUAAUGUCCAAGAAGAUAUCAGACCAGGAUUGCCAAUGCUGAGGCAAAUCCGAGAAGCCCGUCGAAAAGAAGAAAAGCAACAGGAAGCUAAUUUGAAAAAUAGACAGAAGAGUUUAAAAGAAGAGGAAAGAGAAAGACGUGACACUGGGUUGAAAAAUGCACUAGGCUGUGAAAACAAAGGGUUUGCUUUGCUCCAAAAGAUGGGCUAUAAAAGUGGUCAAGCUCUUGGCAAGAGUGGAGAUGGUAUUAUUGAACCAAUUCCUCUUAACGUCAAAACAGGGAAAAGUGGCAUUGGUCAUGAGGCAUUAUUAAAACGAAAAGCAGAAGAAAAAUUAGAAAGCUACAGGAGAAAGAUUCACAUGAAAAACCAAGCUGAAGAAAGAGCUGCAGUACAGUUUCGGAUGCGACUUAAAAACAAGCAAGAUGAAAUGAAGCUUGAAGGAGAUCUUAAAAGAAGCCAGCGAGCCUGUCAACAAUUGGAUACUCAGAAGAAUAUUCAGGUUCCCAGAGAGGCAUGGUACUGGUUGAAGCCUGAAGAAGAAACUGAAGAAGAGGAAGAAGAAGAAGAAGAGGAUGAAGAUGAAUAUAAGAGUGAAGAUUUAAGUGUACUGGAAAAACUACAAAUACUGACUGGUUAUCUAAGGGAAGAACAUCUGUAUUGUAUUUGGUGUGGAACAGCCUAUGAAGAUAAAGAAGAUCUAUCUUCAAAUUGCCCAGGACCAACUUCUGCAGAUCACGACUAAGAUUAUUCAUAAUAAAAUAAGAAUUGUUUAUUCCAGCAAGGAAAGAGGACCUUCAUAUGAUGCUUUGUUCUUUUUGUACUUUACAAGUAUUUUGUACUUUAGAAUAUCACUGUUUGCUGACCUGAAAAAAAUAACAUAAUUCUACUUCAGUAUACAAAUAUGAAGAUUUGGACAAUUACAGUUUAUGACUGUACUGUGAUGCUUGUGGGGUUGACUGAGGACCCCAACAGGUAACACUGUUAUUCCUCACUUAAUUUUAGAACAAACUGAAAAAUAAGACACAGGAGGGAGAUCAGAAUGUCAGCCGUAUUAGUGGUGAAGCAGAAAUAAAGAAAAGGGUUGGCUUUUUCUCUACUCAGACUCCCUAAUAUUUCUUCCUGAUUAGAGAGCACAACAGGCCUCUGCCUUGUAGAGGAAAAGCCCACUUUAUGUUCUGAGGCCAUUUAGCCCUCAAGAGUACAGAACCAGGCAGGGGCUGGGCCACAUCUGCUUGGCUCUUUGUCCCAGUAUCAGCUGUCAAAUAAGACACUUCUCUUGCCAGGUGUGGUGCUGUAAUCCCGUCACUCGAAGCUGAGGCAGGAGGAUUUCAAGUAAACACAAGAACAUAGCAAUAGUUGGUCUACAUUUGCAUAGGUUAAAAUAAUCGAUACAAUUUAUAUUAAUCUCCGACCUAAUAUGAUCUGAUUCACUUGUUCUCAAAUUUAAAUUGGAGAGCUUUAAAAAAUAGUAGUUCAAGGUCCUGCCCUGAAGGAUUCUGAGGUAAUUGUUCACUGUGUUUUGAGCAUCAGGAUUCUUGAUUUUAAGACUCACCAGAACUUUAGAACCACUAAUCAGGUUAACUUCUAAGCCUCAGUUUUCCAUCCAGAAAACUACUUUUAUGAAUAUGAAUAUAUAUAAGUAUAUGGUUGAAUGCUAUUAUUUAAUAUUUACUUUUUUGUUUAAAAAAUAGUAUUAAUAGCUAAAACAAAGGAGUACAUCUUUCCCUUUGAGUUACAGUCAGAUCCCUUCCUGUCAUUUCAGCUAACAUAGUAUAACGUUUAGUUCAUCCCAAAACCAUGUGUGUGGUUUCAGAUGGAAUGGCAUUAGACAGGAGAUGUCUUGCCUUUCUCCUCUUACUUGUUACAGGGACAACUCGCCACCUGCCCAGUGAGCUGGAAUAUUUGGAAUAUGUUCCUGAACAAUUAUACUGAAAAUGUGAGAAUAACCUUGAUGGUCCCAUUACUCCCCCAGCAUUAUGGUCUACAUUUACAGGCUUAGGGCUAGAACUAGAUCAGCCUUACAGAAGGGAGAUAUCCCUUCAUUCUUGUUCAUCUAACGUUAAAAAGAUAUACUUUCAAAAUGAGUAAAAACCUGCUGGGCAUGGUGGCGCAUGCCUGUAAUCCCAGCACUUGGAAGGCUGAAGCAGGAGGAUCGCCAUGAGUUUGAGGCCAGCCUGGGCUACAUAAUGAGUUCAAGGUCAGCCUAAACCACAAAGCAAGACCCUGUCUUAAAAAAGUGAGUAAAAACUUUUAUUCAUGUAUCUCCUUUAUAACUUCAUAACUAGACAAUAAUGACAACUGAGAGAAGUAAAACGUUGAAAAGAAGUUUUUACUUUGUUUUAGAAAUUUUACAUUAAAUUUGAAACCACAGUGUCUCAUUUUCUUAAUUAAAAUUCCAGAAUACAGGGCUUUUGACACUCAGAAUAAAUACCUUUAAAAACUAACUCAAUUUACCUUACACAUGUUUAUUUCACGUGUCAUUUGCCAAAUACUUGUGUUAAAAAUCUGAAAGCAUACGUUAUUAUUUAAUAUUGGACACAUUUUAUAGGAUCAAGCAUAUGUUCCUACAAACUUAAAACUUUUACUCCCCACCAAGCACUUGUAGAGUUUCUGCCCCACUGCCUUGGGGUAUACAGCAACUUUACAGUAUAACAAAGGUAAUAGUCAUGUGUGAAUGACUGAGCUUCAAAGCAAACUGAAUAUGGUUCAGUGGGGUACUAUCCAACAGGAGAUCUAGGGAGAAGACUGCUUCUGAGUGGUAGCUUGUGAGACACUAUGGGAACAACACUGAAAGAUGGAUACAACUUUGAUAGGCAAAGUUGUGAGGAGGGAAUUAUAUAUAGCCCAGCGAUUUACUCCUAGGUAUACAUAAAAAAAUGAAAACGUCCACAUAAAACUUGUACACAGAUGUUUAUGAUAAUAUUCAUAACAGUCCAAAAGUAGAAACAACCCAAAUGUCUAUUCAUUGAUGCAUAUGCAUUAAAUGUGAUACAACCAUAAAUAGAACAUUAUUUGGCAACAAAAAGGAAUGACUUACUGAUCCAUGCUACAGCAUUGAUGAAACUUAACAUAAUACUAAAAUUUUAAAAAUUACGUCUGAUUAUAUGAAACAUCCAGAAUGGGCAAAUUAGAGGAGAUACAAAGUAGAUUAGUGAUCACCUAGAGUUGGGAGAAGAUGGUGAGUGACUCUUCUUGGGUGUGAGAUUUCUUUUAGGGGUAAGAAAACUUAAAAUUGAAUAUGGUGAUGGUUUCACAACUCAGAGUAUACUAAACAUCACUGAACUAUAAAUUUUAGGUAAGUGAAUUAUAUCUCAGUGAAACAAAAAAAAAGUUGAAAGGAAUUUCAGAUAGAAAGGACAGGAGGCAGCCAGAGGGCAAAAACGCAGGCUGCAGACCUGUAGAACUGGGCUUCCAUCAGGUAACACUAAACAAGUGUGCAUAAUGGGAGCAUCUGAGAGAGCCACAGCCUUAGCCCCUUGGAAAUCACUACACUGCUGAUCUCCUGGAGUGAAGAGAAUAAAUGUGUGUUGUUUUAAGCCACCAAAUCUGUGGCUGUCUUGAGGCAGGAAGAUAGGGUGGCUAAAACUAGCUGGGAAAGAAGGCCUGAUGACCCUGGGACGUAGCAGAACAAUUCUCAGAACCCUGCCUGUAGACUUCUCCCAAGAACUCGAGCACGUUUUUGAUAGGAUGACCUGAAUAUGAUGCCAGUGUGGAAAAUGUAAAAAAAAGGGACAGUCACCUAAGUAUUAGCCUGCAUGACUCUUCAAGAUAGUCCACCCUACACUGUAUGGUGUAUUUUUUUUUGUACCAGGACUCGAACUCCAGACCUUGCACUUGCGAGGCAGGUGGCAGCACCACUGAGCUAAAUCCCCAGCCCCUUGUAGUGUGUGUUUUUAUUUUUCCCUUCCUUUUUACUCAGCCCAAAACUCACUCUGUAGAGCCCCUUCUUCCCCUAUCCUUCUGUAUUUUCCUACCGUUAAUAAAUGUGAAGCUGAACAUGGUAGCACAAGCCUGUAAUCCCAGCACUUGCGAGGCUGAGGUGGCGAGUUUGAGGCCAGCCUGAGCUACAAAGCAAGACCCUGUCUCAAAAAAUAAUAAUAAUAAUAAUAAUAAAUAAAUGUGAAACUUUGCCACUGUU